AGCUGCCUUUUGGGAAAGAGAGGGUGGCGGGAGGAGUAAGAUCUGGAAGCUUCCGGGCGGCAUCCGGGCACCUGGGGCCCUCGAGCUGAGGCGUGCCUUGGGGCCGGACUUGUGAGCGCGCGCAGCCAUGCUGAAGUGCCGGAUGAGUGGCAGUCAGGUGAAAGUAUUUGGGAAAGCAAUCCAAGCUCUAUCACGAAUCAGUGACGAGCUGUGGCUAGACCCAUCUGAAAAAGGUCUUGCUUUAAGAUCUGUGAACUCUUGUCGGUCAGCAUAUGGAUGUGUCCUCUUCUCUCCUGUGUUUUUUCAACAUUAUCAAUGGUCAACCUCAGUGAAAAUGAAUGAUAAUGAUUCGACAGUAUCAAACUUAAAAUGCAAAUUGGGAAUGAAGUCAAUUCUGCCCAUCUUUAGAUGCCUGCAUUCCCUUGAAAGAAAUGUAGAGAAGUGCAAAAUAUUCACCAGAUCUGAUCAGUGUAAAGUGGUUAUUCAGUUCUUCUGCAGACAUGGUAUUAGAAGAACUCAUAAUGUGUGUUUUCAAGAAAGUCAGCCCUUGCAAGUUAUUUUUGAAAAGAAUAUGUGUUCCAAUACACUAAUGAUUCAACCAAGAGUGCUUGCUGAGGCAAUUAUUCUUUUCACAUCAAGUCAAGAGGAAGUUACUCUUGCUGUCACCCCAUUCAGUGUUUGCCUUAAGAGUUCCAGUGAGGAGCCAAUGGAUUUGCCCAGUUCUGUGCACAGUGAGAUGCUUGUUGCCCCGGAUGAGUUUGACGUCUUUCAAGUUGGAGUUGAUAGUGAGAUAACAUUUUGCUUCAAAGAACUGAAGGGAAUGCUGACAUUUUCAGAAGCUACACAUGCUCCUCUAGCCAUUCAUUUUGAUUUUCCUGGGAAACCGAUGGCCUUAAGUAUCGAUGACAUGUUACUGGAAGCUAACUUUAUUUUGGCUACACUAGCUGAUGAGCCAAGUAGAGCAUCUUCUCCACAGUCACUGUGUCUUUCGCAAAAACAAAAAAGGUCAGACCAGCUGGGUUCAAAUUCAGAGGCUGGUGACAGUGUAACCAGCAAGGCCUCAGGAUGUAUCCAGAGAAAAGUAGCGCGUAAAAGGCUUUAUCCGAAGGAGACUCUAACAGAUGUCUCUGCGCCGGAAAUCCGUGGCAGCCCCAGGAUGAAAAGAGGGAAUGGAGGCCUGAGUGACAUGCGGGCGAGCAGACUUGGCGCAGCGGCGGAGGAGCCGGGGUCUCCGAGUGUGAGGAAGUUUUCUUCCAUGUUCUUUGGAGCAGUUUCUUCUGACCAGCAAGAACACUUCAACCACCCUUUUGACUGUCUGGCAACAGCAAGUGACAGUGAAGAGGACAGGAAUAAUGGCAGUUUUCCCACAUUCUAACCCCCAGCCCAUUUGCUAGCUCACUUGCAACCUCAGACAUGUUUGCACAUUCAGUCGAUAAAGAUACUGUCUUGGCCUUCCUUGAAAUGGGGGAUGGGUUUCUGCUUUUUUCAACAUCAUCAUCUGGUCUAACAGCCGCAUCUAGAAAUAGCUGCUUCAGUGUACAUAUUUGCUUUAAAUCUGUUACGCUACUUGGGAGGCAGAAGAGUUUUCCGUGCAGGGAUAAAGCCCAUUCGAGUUCUCCAGUGCAACGCGCGCUCACACUAGAGCUUUUUAACAUUUUCUUUGCCAAUUUCAUAAAGGUAUUAGGCUUUCUUCGGCAGCUAUUUGGAGCACAUCAGUAUGGCUUGGAGUCUUGUGACUAGUAGGUAGCUUUUGUAUUUGAUUGCAAACAUUUGAGGUUUGGUGCUUUCAGGCAUAGUUAAAAGUUAUGCAAUCUUUUCUCCUGUAAUAUGUGACUUUUUUUUGUCCAUUGCUUUUUGUAUUUUGUUAAGAUUUUAAGUGAAACAAUCUCUGGGAAUAAAAAGAUCUGGAAUAAAAAUAAUAGCUAACCCCCCUCA